UUUGAUGCUAGCCAAACCGAGCCUCCGGUGUCUCAUCCCUCCUCAGUGGCAGCAACUGGGCUGUCGCUCUCUUCGAAGAUGCCUGGACACCAGACGAUCCAAUCGACUCUUUCACCGCUUCAGGUCAUGCUAGACGGCACCGGACUUGGUGUUCCAGGACCCUAUCGCACGCCUCCUGGAAACUCCGCCGGAAACCGGUUCGUGCCGCCACCAGCUUCGGGCCAAAUUCAACAGACCCCAGUAAACUCGCGAGCCAUUUUUGAUAUCAUCCUCCCUUGA